UUCUAUCUUACCAACGGAUAGAUAUGUCAGAACAACGACAAUCAUCUUUAGCGCGGACUAAUUGGAUCAAUCUAAUUUUAGCCCAAUUUAAGUCAUUUUCAUUGUUUAAUCUUGCUAGUUAGGUAAUGGUAUACUGCAUAUACUGCUAUUGACUUUAAGUGAAUUGUGUUGUUUCAGGGAUCUUUAUAUUAACAAUGAAGGUUGCAAAGGGCAAAGCAUCAACAAGGAAGGACAAAACGGAACUAUCAAAGCCAGUUGAGGAAAGAAAGAUUGGAAAGCGAAAGGCAGCACUUAAGGCUGAUAAGAGUCGCGUGACAUUGACCAAGAAAGCAAAAUUGGACAAAAAAGAUCCUAACAAACCAAAGAGGCCUCCUAGUCCCUUCUUUGUUUUUCUAGAGGAGUUCAGAAAGACUUACAAGGAACAGCAUCCCAACGUGAAGGCUGUUUCAGCUGUGGGAAAAGCUGGUGGCGGGAAGUGGAAAUCCUUGUCUGCUGCGGAGAAAGCUCCAUAUGAAGCUAAAUCGGCACAAUUGAAGGCAGAUUAUGAGAAGCUGAUGAUUGCGUACAACAAAAAACAGGAAAGUACGGAUGAUGAAGAUGAAAGGCCUGGCAGGUCAAAACCUGCUGUGAAUGAUGAAGAUGAUGAGGAAAGUGGGGAGGAUGAAGAUGAUGAUGAUGAGGAGGACGAUGACUGAAUGUGGCAAGCUCAAGCUCUGUUAUUUGAUUAUGUAAAGUAUCCAGUGCCCUAGCUCUGGACUUCUUACGAUUGUACAUUUGGGCUAUGUUAUUUGUAUUAGUUUCUUGGUUGCUCCUUUAUCUACAAUGAAUACACCCUCGUCUGUUGAAUAGCUGAUUUGUAAGCUUGAUCCCAGAACUAACAAUCAGUGGUUUUUGUAUCUCCAUGACUAUUCUAAUCUGCUCCUUGUAUUGGGCAGUUAGAGUUUGUCUUAGCAUAUAUAAAUAUCUUAUACAAUUCUCAA